CAAAACGAUCGCGCUCGCAACUUCCUCCCGACGACUCCACGCCUUCACCCCGCCUCGCAGUACCAACACACCGCCGAGACAGUCGAAAUGGCAGACGACAUCAAGGCGACGAAGCGGGAGAUAUGGCAAGUCAAGCAAGCCGUCAAGAGCGCCGAGGCGGAGCGCGCUGGGUGGCAGGACCAGUACGACAAGCUCCAGGCAAUCAUCGAAGCACAACCCAAUAACCAAGAAGUCCGGGUCCUCUUGCCGGAACUUGAGGCUGGCUUAGCAGCGGCUGAUGCCACACUCAAGCCCCUCCUCGAGCAGCUCGCCGCGCUCCAAGCUAAGCUCCCACAAGAACCCGAGCCUGCGGCGCCCAAGUUCGACCCCGAGAAGCACCCGCUUCUGAAGAAGACAUUGGAGAAGCCCGAGCCAGCCCAGCCUGUCGUGUUCAACGCUGGCGAUACCUGUGAGGCGCAAUGGACCGACAAAGCUUGGUACAAAGCUAAAAUCCAGACCAUUCUUGGAUCUGCCUCGAAUCCUAAGUACCAUGUCCGCUUUCUCGAAUACGACGAUACCAUGACCCUCGACCGUGAUCGGAUUCGCCCGCUCCAGAGCAAGAGAAAGCGAGAGCCUGAGGCAGCCCCAGCGCCUGCAGCUGUUCCGGCACCCCAGACGGCAGCCGUUACCUCCACGCCGCACGUUAUCUCUGGUCCCGCCAGCGUCAACCCCAACGCGCAAGCGGCAAAGAUAGAGCUUCCGACGGAGAAUGGCGACAUGAAGAAGCGCAAGAUUCCCAACAAGAAGCAGCUGGAGAAGGGCGUCAGUAACUGGAAGAACUGGAACAGCAAGGGCGUCGGCAAGAAACUUUCUCAGAAGGAGUCUAUGUUCCGCACUGGCACCACUGUGAACAGCAGAGUUGGCUUCACCGGCUCUGGUGCCGGCAUGACCGAGACCCACAAGCGCAUGCGCUACAACAACAAGGCCGACGCAGAGGCGGACGAGGAAGAGCGUCAAAGGCUCGCCAAGAAGAGCUUCACCCGCCAUCGCUUCUGAGCGAGUUGUCAUCUGAGUAAGAUUGACUACUGCACUCACGAGUGAACGACUCUUUCGAUUGCACGAUUUGCAUGCGUCCGGCGUUUAUGGCUUUGCAUCGGUAUGGUAUCCACACUCGAGUCCACCCGACGAGCCCUUUCCGCUAAUCUUGAACCGCUCGAACAGUAUCGGCGCUCGAUACCCUAAGCUUUUUCGGCUUUCUCUCGAUCACCGGAUCAUGUUAUUUGUCAUAUGGUAAGCCACCCUCUGCAUUCUAUCCUUCAUCCAAG